AUGGCAACUUUGGCGGCGGAAGUGACUUUGGCGGAGACGGAGGCGGCGACGGUAGAAUCGUCGUCGACGGCGAGACCAAUAACGACAGAGGUAAUCGCGGAAAAUUCGAAUUCAACAGACAAGUCUGCAGCGUCGACAGUUGCAUUAGCGUCGUCGUCGUCGUCGUCGUCGGCGGCGGUAAUUUCCGUUUCGGACUCGGACUCGGACGAGAUCGUGACCAUCUCCCGGCUGAUCCGUCGCGCUCUGGAAUGCCCGAUAUGCCUGACGCUGAUGACGGUCAUAUCGUGCUACUGUCCCAACGGUCACGCGGUGUGCGAAUCGUGCAUGCUGACGCUAUUAAACAUGAGCAGCUCCCAAGAACGCCCCUGCCCGCUGUGCCGGGCGUUGAUGGUGCAAUCGCUGAUUACGUCGGCCACGGUCGAAAAACUGACCGAGUUGUCUCAUCAGGUGAAGGUGAAGUGUUCCAACUGGGCUCGCGGGUGCACUAGGCUGGUGCCGGUGAGGUAUGUCAACGAACACGAGUCCAGGUGCCUGUACGUGCCGAGCGUCCCGUGCCACGUGACCGUGUGCCAGUGGCUCGGCAUAUACGAACAGCUGUACGAACACGUGUGCAGCUCGCAUCCCGGCGUCGCCGUCCAGACUUCGACGAACCAACUGAACGUGACCGACGUGCAAGAUAUCACAACGAAUAGGCGCCGAACAUACCUAGUCCAGUCGACGUACGGCAUGAUAUGGGUGAUGUUGUCCCGGGUCGCACGGUCGCGCAUACAGACCGCGUUGUUCUUGGUAAACAACCAUUGGGACGAUCAUCUGCCAAACAUAAAUCACGUCAACCUGAUGCCAACGGAUAUCGUGUACCGAGUCACGUGGUUCGACGCCAACGACCGGUCCCGGACCAAGAGCAGGACGAAGAGGGUGCACUGGAGCACGUCCUUGAAGCCGGAGUUCCAGCUCCUCUUGUCCAACUCGUACACGACGUUCCGAUUCAAGAGUGGUCGCAUGGAAAUAAAUUGGUUUCAGUGCCCGAGGUACAAACGAAGCCAUUCGUCAACUACACGGUGAAUCGCGAAACCUCUCGUUUUUAUAUUUUUUAAAAAUUAUUAUUAUCGACUUAUAAUUUUUAUCAUCCGUUUUUUUUCCUGUUCACAAAAGUUCACCCACUCGUCGGGUAUUUUUCUAUCACCGUUCUCUUACAGUCCGAAGUAUCGGAAUUGUUAUCGUUUUUUUAUUGCUGCGUAUAACAUGUGUGUGCCCUCGUCUUCGAUCACGCAGAAUCGCCGCUAUAUCGAUUCACGUGACUCCUGUGUAGCUGUUUUUGUGGGUUUUCGCCUUCAGUGUGUUUGCAACUCGUUUCUACGUUACUAUUUACCGCGUCACAGGUUAUGUCGUACGCGGUAAAUCUAGUGGAGUAUAAUUACC